GCUUUAGGGAGUUUUUAAGAGAGGUACGGUUAAGCUGGUUUCUGCAAUCUGAUGAUGGAUGAAUGUGGUAGCGAUCAAAUAUCUAGCUCUCCUUCAUUAACAUUUAUGUUUCAUUUCCCCCAUUUUAAUGUCCUUUUUACCCCUAGGUUGCCAUCAUGAAAUCUUUGUGGCAUCCUAACAUUGUUCGCUUUUUUGGUGCUGUCACUCAACCCCCAAAGUUGCCCAUUGUUAUGGAAUAUUCAUCAAGAGGCAGCUUGUAUAAACUUCUUCAGAUGCCAAACACUGCAUUUGUACUCAAUCUGACGCACGGCUUGAAUAUGGCUUAUGAUGUGGUCUGUAAUUUUGGCCUUUCCCGUUCCGAGGCCAACACGUUUCUUUCAUCAAAGACAGGUGGUGGAACUCCAGACUGGAUGGCACCAGAAGUUCUUCGUGAUGAACCAUCAAAUGAGAAAUCUCACGUUUACAGCUUUGGAGUGGUUCUAUGGGAACUAGUGACUCUACAACAACCUUGGAGCCAUUUGAGCCAAGCUCAGGUUGUAGCAGCAAUUGUGAAUCCUCAAGAGGCCUUCUUUUUCCUACGUGAUGGAAUCAUUGCAGCAACUGAUCCGGAAUUCAACAUCCCAAGAACUUCGUGCGCGGACUUGGUGAUUGACCUGUGAGUACAAAACCCCAGUAGAUAUAUCUGUGUCUAACUAUCCAUACAUGUAAAAGCUUAACAUCUACCUAAUUAUACUCUCGGCGUUUGCAAUCCUGAGUUGCAUCUCACAAGUUAAUUAAUCUAUCUCAUUAAUUGAUCAUUAUGUGUCAAUUGCUCUCUCUUCUUUCCUUUCGUUUGCCUCUUUUUUUUUCUUUUUUUUUUCCUUUGUUAUAAAGAAUUUAUAUUUUA